AUCGAUUUUAUUCCGAAUCUCGUUCGUUCGUAUUCGCGACUGCAUGCGUUUUCAAUGCGAAGUGCGUUGAAAUUUAUUCUCCGACGUUAAAUCGAAUUUUUUAGAAUAGAAAUUCAAAUGCAAGCUUCAGCGAACUGUUUGAUAUAAAAAAAAUUAAGGACUUUAAAUAAUUACAGAAGGCGCAAUACAGAAACCGAUCUAGUAAUCGCGACAGAUUUCAUAUUUUCUACAAAGCCAGUGUUAGCAUUUUUGUGAAUGGAUUCCGACCCAGAAGUCGUGCUAGUGGAUAAAGUGGACGAAGACGAACUUUCGAUAGAUAAGGACAGCGGAAUGGAGUCGGCUGGGAAUAGCAAGGACGAUACACCGGAGCGUAAACAGGCAACGCUUGACGAGUUGCCUCGGGAGGAGCUUCCGAAACCGGCAGCGGUUCCGAUUUCAGCUACAAAGUCUCAACCGGCAGCUAAAACUACACCAGCCGCCAUCAAGAGCAAGGAUGAUGAUUACGAUGACGAACCCGACGAGACAUUGGCCGAGCGGUUGUGGGGUCUUACCGAAAUGUUUCCCCAAGGGGUGCGAACUGUCGGCGGCACGGUAUCAGACCUAUCCGUUGCCAGCAUAAAAGCGUUGUACAAGUUCACCUGCAACGCAUCGUGGAUAUUCUUUACCAGCUCUAUGAUUCUGUUCGCACCGGUCGUAUUCGAGGUGGAACGGGCGCAGAUGGAAGAGAUGCAAAAGACACAGCAGAAGCAGGUUCUUCUCGGUCCCGGAUCGGCUGUUGGUGCCGGCGCGGGUGGAAUGCCCGCAAUGCCCCCGAUGGCUGCACGAUAAUCAUAUCCAGUGCAGAAUUUAAGUAAGGAACUCUUGAAGAAUAGUUUGUUUGCUAGUUUCAAAUCUUCAAGUAACGACAAGCUACUUCAGACUGUCAGAAGCGAGAAAUGUGUUGGCAGGCUCAAUGAGCUUUUGCUGUAGUUCUUAAGCGGGCCUUACACGUUCAAUAUUUUUGUCAAUACCAGACAGUAUUGACAAAAGUAUUGUACGUGUAAUCGAAAAACUUGUAUUGACGAUGUGGAUUUCAAAUGGUAUUGAAAUAUUGUAACAAUAUCGUCAAUACGCGUAUUGACAAAAAUAUUGAACGUGUAAGGGCCGCUUUAGAGAGAACAAUGCCUAGAGUUUUGUUCUUGCAAUUAUUUGAAUAAAUAAAUAGAAGCUGUCGGAUGACUGUUACUAGUAAUCUUAUCCUAAAUAAACUGUGAAAAGAAAUAAA